AUGCGGCACAGACCAUUCCCCACCAACCCUGGUAGCACAUUCGACCUGAGGGAGAUGCGCAAAGCCGUCGACAAGUACCUCGACCUAGCGGCAGCGCGCAUAUAUGCUGGUGAAAAGAACAUCAAAUGCUACGUCCUUGUCUCCUGCUUGCUGGCACAGGCAGAUGCGAUGCAGGUGGGUGCUUUAGUGGAGCAGAGGAUCUCUGUGGCAUUAAAGAAGAGCCUGGAGACGUGUUAUUCGCUUCUGUGGUCACAAAUACAAGACAUGCAAGAUGCGCCUCUCAGCCCUACUACUGUUGGCGAGCAGCUUGAUUGGUCUCAGUGGAACAAUUUCAUGGGGCUGAACGCGACUGUCGGGAGCCCUCAACCUCUGAUAAGUCUCACGCAACUCGACAUGUAG